AUGUCGGCCGUGCGGGUGCUGUUGGCGCUGGCGCUGUGCUGCUGCUGCCGCCGCCCCCCGCGGGCUGCGGGGCAGGUGAUCGAGUGCGCCCCGUGCGAUGCCGCGGCGCUGCUGUCCUGCCCGCCCCCCCGCCGCUGCCAACUGGUGCGGGAGGCGCGGUGCGGCUGCUGCCUGACCUGCGCCCUGGCCGAGGGCGAACCGUGCGGCGUCUACAGCGCCCGCUGCGCCGCGGCGCUCAGGUGCGUCCCCAGGGCCGGGGAGAGCGCACCGCUCCAGGCGCUGCUGCAGGGCAGAGGGGUGUGCUGGCGGGGGGCACAGCGGGGCGGCAAAGCAAAUGACGGGAUUCUAGUGUCGAAGGAAAGUGAUAUCCCAUACGAUAUAAUGCAGAAAUUUGGGCAGCGAGAGGGACAUCAUCCAAAGGGAACAGUUCACAGUGCGAUUAACCCUUCCAAGCCCACUUCCAUCACCACACAGCUGCCAGUCUCUGAAUACGGUCCGUGUCGGAGAGAGAUGCAAGCCAUUCUUGAGGACCUGAAGCCCCAAUACCCGCACAGCCCCGGGGACCUGUACAUCCCGAACUGCGACACAAGGGGAUUCUACCGCAGGAAACAGUGCCGUCCAUCGAGAGGCAGGAAGCGAGGCCAGUGCUGGUGCGUGGAUCGGUACGGGCUACCUGUGCCCGGCACGGAGAGCCGAGGUCGGGGGGGACACUGCAUGCCCAGUGCCUCCUUUGAACAGAGCGGAGACGUGAGGUCAUAGCUCCGUGUGUUCCGGCCAGAAGACACCACAGCCUGAAGAUACAGCCACAGGAGGACUCGCUUUAACCAGCCCCUCGUUCCCGCCUCCGUCAACCCCUCACCAUGCCCCCCCCCACACCCCCGCACCCCCUCCCAACAAACACACAAACCCCACCGUCUCCAAACCCACUUCCCUGAGAACAGGGAAACAGUAUAGAAACGAGAGCUGAGUUCUGCUCGGCCAAUCGGAUCUCGUCCGUCCAGAGCCCCCAACCCCCCUCCACCCCACAGUGACCACUCUCUCCCCUCCACCAAACCCAUCACCCACGAAGCUGUUUGCACUCAGUCCCGCCUGUGCUGUGCUGUACCUGCUGUGCCAGUGCUGGGAAGCUCGCUCUCGCUCUCUCUCACGGAGGAGCUGAAAUUCCCGUGAGGUUUUUUAUAUUAUUAAUCACACGAGUAACGUCACGUUAAUUUAUUUCUGCCCCAAAAAUACUGUAACCUUCUCACUCUCUGCCUCUCUCAGAGAGUCUGCCUGGGACCAAGGACCAGUUUCAUUUCACUUCCUCCGAGGGCACGACACCCCCUUCUCCCCACCAACCCCCCAAAUACUGUCGUGUUAUUAUCCUGGGAGAAUGUUGUACUUAUUUAAAUGUGGCUGCUCUGCUCGAGUGUCAGACGCUGCGAAUGUUUCCUUUAUCAACUUGAUCAAAUGCUCUUUGUUUUUUUUUGGGUGAUUAUUUCGGUGUUUAUCUCUCUGCCGGUUGCUUCAGAAUUUUUUUCCAUGUUAUAUUUAAUAAAAUGUUUCCACGUUUAAA